UAAGGGCCUGGCGGAAGGACCUGAAAAACCAGCUGCUGGAGAUUAUUACUCUCGGAGAGGAGCAGCUCAGGGCAGCAAGUGAGCAAGCGUGGAGCCUCCUCCUCCUCCUCCUCCUCUUUUCAAACUCCCCUCCUCCUUUUCACAUAAACACUGAUUCCCACACAAACCACACAGGUGUUUUUAAAGUCGUCCUUUGUGCGCGUGUGUUUGUGUGUGUGCUGUCAGUUUGUACCUGUGGGACUUUCUUUCUUUGCCCUCUCUGAGUGGCUGACACUCCCCUGCUCUGUCGUUUCUCCCUCCGCAGAACCGUCGUGACUGACUGUCAGCCCUCCACUGGUGGACUAUGCCCCCCUCAGUCAGCUGAGGGAGGGGGCUCUGCGCUGCUCAGACACCCGUCAGGAGAUAGCUUGGGCUGGAAUCAAAGAGCACACGGUCAGGUUAUUUCUGAAGAUGCAAGCUUCAACCGUUUCACCUGUGACCACCACUACAAUCCCGUCCAACACCACCAACGUCACAAAGACCAAAGAACAAAUACUCAUCCAGAGUUCCGGGGCUAUGAUUGCUGUCAUUGUUAUCGGCAUCAUUAUCGUCUUUGCCUUUCUACUGAUCAUCCUGAAGACAUACAACAGGCGGACACAUGCGUCCAGAGUCCUGGGAGCCACGGGGGGCUCCAAACCUCGCCCCAAGUUGUCGCAGUCCACCAUCCAGACUGGCUUGCCGCUGGACACCGUGCCCAUCAGCUCCGUGUCGGGCAGCAUCAGCUACUCAAACCCGGCCUCGGAGAACAACUUCCAGAUGCCUGGAAUGGAGCUGAGCAGCGUGGAGGGAAAUCACAUAGAGCAGUUCAGCACCACCAGCGAUUCCACUGUAGUCACCAUACACAACGCUCCAUCGUUAGGAAACUCGUAGCACCAAGACUGCCGCUUCUGUCUCAGAGCGUGCAUUGACUGAUGUGCUUUCAUCCCCGACCACAUACUGUGCUGACUGAAUCUGGUGGACGUCUGUGACGUUAGUGUUCUCACUGAUCACCAACUGAGCCACUGCUGGUGACCAAUGGACGACAAGGUGUAUGCAAAUAUACAUUAUGAACAAAAUGGCGCCGGAUAAGAUGAAGGAUUUUUUUAUGGUGGCAAAAUUUCUUUUGAAGAAUUGCUCAUAGACUAAAGACAAAAGUGUUCAGAGUAUAGAUACCAUUACUGUACUCUCUGCUGAUGUUGCAUCACCACUAAUAUAAAUGUAUAAAUGAAGAAAUGUGUAGUAAAAUCUGUAAUCUCUCCAGGAAAAUGUUGGUCUUCAGUGUGUACAUUUCUUGUAUUAAAAGUACCUUUGGCUUUGUGAAUACACAAGCAGAAUAAGUAUGAGUUAUAGUGAAGAAAAAGGUAGUAUAAAAGAGGUUAACUCUGUCUGUUUAAUAUGUCGAUACUGCAGAUUUAUUUUGACAAGUUGUAUUUCUUUUACCUUGCAUCACACAGUCUUCUUAGAUUUUUUUUUUUAAAUCUAUAAAAUAUCAAUGCGUUUUCUUUUUCUUUCUUUUUUUUUACCAGACAAAGUGAAGAGACCAUGAGAUAUUUUGUGAAACAUCUGUCAGUCGAACUUACUGAUGUGAAUCUUUCUUUAUUUUUUUUUUGAUUUGACACCAAAGUAUUUUGCACUUUAUUUUCGCUACUCCCUUUAUUUGUAUUAUUUGUGGUUCUUUAUUAAAUGAAAUGAUAUGAAAAUAAAAUGUAAUAUUUCUAA